AUGAGGGCGGACAUCCGGGAGUUCGUCGCUGCCUGUGACACCUGCUCCAGGGCCAAGGCAUUACAUCAGCCACCAGCUGGCCUUUUGUGUCCUCUUCCGAAGGCGGUGCAUCUGGUGGCGCUGCCCAAACUCCCUACCUCUGCUGAGACAGCCGACCUCCUCACCCAGCAUGUGUUCCGGCUACAUGGGUUUCCCUGCGACAUUGUUUCGGACCGGGGGCCCCAAUUCACAUCUCAGGUCUGGUGUGCCUUCUGUAAAGAGCCUGGAGUCAGCCCUCCGCUGUGUGUCCGCUCUCCACCCGACCUCCUGGAGCAGGGACUUGCCAUGGGUGGAAUAUUCCCUCAACGCCCUGACCUGCUCCGCCACUGGCAGGUCUCCAUUCGAGGCCUCUCUGGGAUACCAACCCCCAUUGUUCUCAGUCCAGGAGAUGAGGCCUCUGUCCCCUCUAUUCAAGCCCAUCUUCGGCGUUGCCAACGGGUGUGGAGGGAAGUCCGCUCUGCCUUACUGCGUGCCAACGUUCGCGCCUGCCAUGGGGCCAAUCGCCACCGUACCCCUGCCCCGUUGUGUCAGGCUGGGCAACGGGCUUACCUCUCCUCUGCUGACCUACCGCUACAAGUGUCAUCCAAGAAGCUAGCUCCAAGGUAUGUUGGUCCUUUCCCGAUUGACAGUGUUCUGAGUCCCACAGCUGUUCGUCUGAAGCUUCCUGCAGCCAUGAAGCAAGUGCAUCCCGUGUUUCACGUCUCAAAGAUCAAGCCUGUCUCUUCGAGCCCUCUCAUGCCCUCUGCCCCAGCUCCGCCGCCGCCUCAGUUAGUUGACUGACGAUGCCAAUCCUGAGGCCCAUGGUCGGCCGCCUGGGGGCGCCCCUCGGAGAGGGGGUACUGUUAUGGCUCACUCAGCCUCGCCUUCACCUCCUCCUCCCACUCCUCACUGACUCUGCUGUGCACACCUGCCUCCACUUCACAAUCAACAGCCUGCCACUACAAAAGACCGGUCUGAACGUCAUUCAACGCCAGAGCUUCACCUAACCUCACAUGAAACUCCAAGCCAUCUCAGCCUUCCAACUCUGCAGUGCCUCCACCUCUCGUCAUUCCUUUAUUUUCUUGUUUAAUAAACACUCCCUCGGGCUCCUCAUUGCUGCGCUUUUGGGUCGAACAUUCCAACCACCAUAACAGAAGACCCA